AUGGGGAUGGGGCCGGGGGCCAGGGGGUUCUGGAAUGAGGAGGACAGGGCGAUGGCGGUGGCGGUGCUCGGCUCCCAGGCCUUCGACUUCAUCACCGCCGGCAACAUGACAUCGGAGGGGCUCACGGCGGUAGGGAGCGACUCGGAGCUCCAGAACAAGCUGGCGGCGCUGGUGGACGGGCCCAACCCCACGGGCCUCACCUGGAACUACGCCAUCUUCUGGCAGAUCUCCAGAUCCAAAGCUGGGGAGAUCGUCCUCGGAUGGGGCGACGGCCACUGCCGCGAACCCCGCGAGGAGGAGGACGAUCACCUCCUCCGCCAUCGCCACCAGCACGAGGAAGAGCCGAAGAACCAGGCGAUGAGGAAGCGGGUGCUGCAGAAGCUCAACACCUUCUUCGGCGGCUCCGACGAGGAGAACUUCGCCCUCAGGCUGGACCGCGUCACUGACACGGAGAUGUUCUUCCUCGCCUCCAUGUACUUCUCCUUCCCGCGCGGGGAGGGAGCCCCCGGCAGGGUCUUCGCCUCCGGCGAGCCCCUGUGGGUCUCCGACUGCGCCGACGACUACUGCGUCAGGGCCUUCCUGGCUCGGGCCACCGGCAUCCGCACGGUGGUCCUCGUGCCGUCCGACUCGGGGGUCCUCGAGCUGGGCUCGGUGAAUUCCCUAGGCGAAGAUCCGCAGGCCCUGCAGAUGAUCACCUCCAUGAUCUACCACGGCCGGCAGCUGAAAUCUUCUGCCUCCUCGGAGGAAUGCCCGAGGAUCUUCGGCAAAGAUCUGAAUCUGGGGAGGAGGCUCCCGGCGGUGGCGCCCAAGCUGGAGGAGCCGCCGUGGGAUCUGCAGCCGGCCGGCGGUGACCGGCUCGCUCCGUUCCCAAAUGUUAGGAAGAGCCUCCAUGUCUGGAAUUGGAACCAGGCCCGGUUUGGGAGCUCCGACCAGACCACCCAGGUGAGCAACCAGCAGCGUAAUGGGGUUAAUUUCCCACAGCAGAAGCAGCAGAAUGCUCCUGCGGCGACGGGGGCGGCGGCGGUGGCGUCUCCACAGCCGCCUCCUCCGGCGAGGCAGAUUGAUUUCUCUGGUGUAGCCAGGCUGAAGAGCCUGGAGACAGAGAACGACGACGCAGACUUGCCCUGCAAGGAGGGGAGGCCUGCGGCGGCGGGCGGCGGCGUCGAGGAGCGGAGACCGAGGAAGAGAGGGAGGAAGCCGGCGAAUGGGAGGGAGGAGCCCCUCAACCACGUGGAAGCGGAGCGGCAGAGGAGGGAGAAGCUGAACCAGAGAUUCUACGCCCUCCGCGCGGUGGUGCCCAACAUCUCCAAGAUGGACAAGGCCUCCCUUCUCGGCGACGCCAUAGCCUACAUCACCGACUUGCAGAAGAAGCUCAAGGACGUGGAGUCGGAGAGGGAGAUGGACCAGAAGAGGAGGGCGGUCGAGUGCCCUGAGAUCGAGGUGCAGACGGUGCGGGACGAGGUGGUGGUGACGGUGAGCUGCCCGUUGGAGACCCACCCGGUCUCCAAGGUCAUCCAUGUCCUCAAGGAGGCGCAGAUGAACGUGGUGGAGUCCAAGCUCUCGGCCGGGAAAGACGUGGUCUUCCAUACCUUUGUGGUCAAGUCCCAUGGAUCCGAGCAGAUGGUGAAGGAUAGGCUGGUCGCUGCCUUCUCCAGGGAAGCUCAUCCCUCAUAG